UGUCAAAUGUACAACUGCCAGUCAUGAUAAACGCGUUGGACUUCUCGCAGUGAGUUGCAUCUAUCGCCGAAUCAAUACAAAUUUGCGUUUAUAAGCUCUGCAAGUAUUCCAACUAAAGUUGAAUCUGCUGUAAUCAUGUCUGGACGCGGUGCACUAUUCGGCAAUGCCUCAGCAGGACCUGGCUCCACUGGUGGUAGCAAGCAUUUGAUUGAGAUGCGUGCCGGAAAAAUGACACUCAAAGGUCAUACUGUUUAUCCGGAUAAACGUAAGGGUUUGUUGUAUGUGUACCAAAGUGAGGAUUCACUUAUGCACUUCAGUUGGCAGGAUAGAACCACUGGGGUAGUGGAGGAUGAUUUGAUUAUCUUUCCUGAGGACUGUGAAUAUGUUAAAGUACCACAGUGUACUACUGGUAGGGUAUAUUUGUUGAAGUUUAAGUCAUCAAAUAGAAGGUUCUUCUUUUGGCUGCAGGAACCUAGAACUGAUAAGGAUGAUGAUCAUUGCAAGCGUAUUAACGAGUAUUUGAAUAAUCCCGGUGGUCUGCAGAGUAAUAAUGCUGAUCAAGAUCUGCAAUCUUUGUUAAACAACAUGUCUCAGACACAAUUGAUGCAGUUGCUUGGUGGUGGACAGAUGGGUGGAUUGUCCAGUUUGCUUGGAACUAUGAGUCGUCCUUCGACUGGCGGCAGCGCUCGUACGAGCAACGCAACCACGCCGAGUUUGACGCAUCGAACAGCGGCUAGCACUCCGGCGACGCAAACACCCACGUCGGCGACAGCGGCUGCCUCAGCCACGACAACGCCGCAGUCGGCGCCGAUUCCGAGCGCGACACCCGCCGCCCCAAAGAAAGGUAACCCAACCACCAAGCCCAUCCAACUUUCCGAUUUACGUAACUACUUGCAAGGGCUGUCGGCGCCGAACGCAGAUCAGUCAGUUGACUUCUCAACUGCGCUCACCAGCGAUGCGCUCAGUUCCAUCAUGAGCAACCAGGAAGCGCUCGAGCAGUUGCAGAAUCAUCUGCCUACUACUGAUGGUACUCCGCAAGAACAGCUUAAGUCUACUUUGCAAUCCCCUCAAUUUCAGCAGGCGGUGUCUCAGUUUUCGAACGCAUUGGAAUCUGGUCAGCUGGGCCCAGUUGUGUCACAAUUGGUGGCUAAUCCGGAAGUGAUCGCUGCUGCCAACGAAGGUAAUAUUCAGGAGUUUGUCAAAGCGUUGGAGAAAUCCGAGGUCGACAAGGAGAAGCCUGCCGGUAAAGAUGGCAAAGACAAGAAAGACAAAGAAGAUGAUGAAGGAAUGCAGUUGGACUAAAACUUUAAGAGUCCAGAAACAGUCCACAAAUCAUGUCUAAUCUCUCGCUUGAAACUUCUUUAAGUCCGCACAAAACAAUACCUAGAAUCAUGUAACUACAAUUUAUAACUUGCAACAUGCAACAUUUUAUAGUGCUUUGAAUGAAGAAUUAUUGAUCAAA